UUUUCCCCCUUUCCUUCUCCCUUUUGGGAGUCGUCUUGCAGCUUCCCCCUCUCUCAGCUCCCUCCUGUUUGCUGGCAUUGCUUCCCCUGCGCCCCUAGCUCAGGUGGCCAAGUGGAUGCCCAGGCCAUGCCUUCCCAGACGGCGGAGGCGGAGGAAGCAUCCCAGGACCCGCUGCAGGUGGUGGCGGCGCUGGGUGAACCGGUUCCGCAGCAUGUUUCAAGUGCCGCUGCCUUUGGAUCGGGACGGGACGCUCUUCCGGCUCCGUUUUACCACCCUGGCUGUCGGGACGGUGUGCUGCCCGCUCUUCGGGUUCCUCUUCUGCGUGCUUUGGUCUCUAUUCUUCCACUUCAAUGAAGCCACCACCACGCACUGCGGCGUCGCCAACUACCUCCCUUCCAUCAGCUCCGCCAUCGGUGGGGCCACCCCCGAGCGCUACAUGUGGCGCUUCUGCAUCGGGUUGCACUCAGCCCCCCGCUUCCUGGUGGCCAUCGUCUACUGGAAUCACUACCGCAGCUGCCACUGCCCGCGCCCCGGCUACCCACGGCUGUGCAACGCGGCCUUCACACUGAACCUACUGGAGAACGUCGCUCUCCUCCUCCUCACCUACGUCUCCUCCUCGGAACACUACAUGAUCCACGAGAACUCCUUCAUCAUCUUCAUUGCUGCAGCCUUGGGCCACAUGUUCCUGACCUGCGUUUUGUGGCGGAUGACUAAGAAACACACAGUAAGUCCAGAGGAGCGGAAGUCCUACCAGUGGAAGCUGUGGCUCUUCCUCUUCAACCUCCUCACCUUCUCGGUGGCUGUAGCCUUCUACUUCCGACACAACUGGUAUUGUGAGCCUGGAGUCUACACGGUCUUUGCCCUGCUGGAGUACCUGGUGGUCCUUUCCAACAUGGCGUUUCACAUGACAGCUUGGUGGGACUUUGGCAACAAGGAGCUGGUGGUCUGUUCCCAGCCGGAGGACAAGCGCUUCUAGCAGCGCCCUCGCUCGGGUUUCCCGCCGGCCGACGCGGAUGCCUUGGAAGCCUGCAGCUGGUCUCCCCGAGGGGUGCUGGUGCUGCAGGAAGAGGGACCACAGACUGGCACGACUGGCUACCCGCUCCUGGUCUUUGGGGAGGUGGGGCUUUUGGGGGCUGGCUUUGCCUGCUGCUAAUUCUGACCCGGUUUGGAGGAGAUCAUGCGGGUGGGAGGGGACGUUGCUGUGGAACUGGAGAUCCCUUUCUGGUCAGCUGGGGCUGGGGAUGUGAGUGGCUGCCCCGAACUCGGAGCACCCCUGGCCAGCAGUGGGGAGGGGCCACCGUGACUCACCCCUGGCGUGGGAGAUUCUCCCUGGCUGUGGACCGUUGCCAGCCGGCCUUCUUCCUUGCCGUGUCUCACGCCAGCCGGCUGCAGUGUUGCUCGUCUGGGGCAGAGCGCAAGGCAAAGGAGGCCGCGGACAAGAUUUGAGGGGGAGGAGGAACUGCAGGAAAGGGCCGCACAGCCCCCCUUCCCCCACCCCCGCGACUUCUGCACUGAGGCUGCCAUCUGCGUUACAGACAGGAAGCGAGUUCAAAACACCUUGGGCCCUUCGGUCUUUCCCCCGGCAGCUCUGGGAAGGACCCCCGGCGGGAGGAGGGAGACAGGCUUUUUAUACACUUCACUUUGGAUGUCCUGGAGACUUCCAGGAGCACUGCCAGAAGCGGCACUGGCCUCUCACGCUGACCCUCCGGUGAUUGGGACGGGCAAGGAUUUAGCCAGGGGGAAGGAUCCAUUCACACACACGCUUGGCCAGGGGAGCUGGCCCCACCGGAGUUGUUCCCAAGCUGAGCUGGGAGGGAAGGGAAGCAGGAAGGCCUGUCUCUGGAGUGGGUGGCAGCAUGCAGGUGAGCCCAGGGCCCUGGCCUUGUUCAGAGAUUCAGGCACCUUUUCUAGCACUGCCCUCUCUAUGGUGACAUGCUCGAGCAUCCCAGCUAGACUCAGACACCUCGUUGGAACAGCCCAACUCCGGUUCUUCUCCCCCUCUGUUUUUUGUCCCGGUCGGCUCCUGCUGUGGAUGUCUGGGGUCCCUGCCCGGCUCAGUAGGAGGGGGUGGGAAAUGGUAUGGCAAGGUACACGUUUCCCUUGGAUUUUAUGCCUCAAUCGGAAAUAAAGCACUGAGUAUUUUUCGUUAA